AUGAUCGUGUGUCUUCUCCAGGAUUAUCACAAACUUAGCCGCCUCCAUACUCCGGACUGUCAAUCCUCUUAUAUGGGUGUUUGCCGGGAAAUCCUCGGGGUCCACCAGUCCAAAGCAGUUAGUCAUGAGCAGUGGACGAGCCAGCUUGGACUGUGCCGAACAAGCCGGCUGACCUGCCUUGAGAUGCACCUGGACCACUCUGGAUGCGUGUCUCGCGCCUCGCGUAGAGCUGGCAAUGCUAGGCGGGAUGUCGGCUCCGAAAAGCUGCCAGGAUUUUCGGGUCGGGAUGGAGAAGUGAGGAUGCAGAUGGCUGAGCCGCUGAGGUGUGAGGCGCCGAGUUCAUCCGAGCCAGAGACUGGCCAGCAUCGUGACGGCAUGCCGUGGAUGCCGUGCAUAAGACGGAGGCAGUUGCCGUCGCGAAGGAUGCCGAACUAUUGCAAUCGGCUCGGAUAUGGAGUGGACAGUGACUUGGCGAUAUGUCAUAAUAGGGGUAAACCGGCAUCUGAGGUUAUUGACCGUGGCAAGCAUGAGUGGCCUGAUGCACGAGAGGAUAACAUAGUAACGUUGAUGAAUUGA